GUUGUCUGUCUUCUUUGCGGUGGCAACAUUGACUCAACCAUACUUGGCCGAGUCAUCGAACGAGGAUUGGCUUUUGAGGGGCGAAUGGUUCGCUUCACGGUAAUUGUAAGCGAUCGGCCAGGAGGCAUCAACGAACUCACUCGCCUCCUCUACAAACUGGGUGUAAGCAUUAAAGACAUAAUGCACGAACGCGCCUGGGUUACUUCUGACAUAUUCAAUGUUCAGGUGGUGGUCGUCUGCGAAACACGUGACAGUGACCAUGCAAAUGAACUGGAGCGCGAGUUGCGCAGCCGAUAUGAUCACCUUAUGUGGGGCCCUCCUCGUUUCUGA